ACGUCAAAUAGGUUGGAUCUCAAUUCGACAAUCGCAACUUAAAUUGCUUAUUUAAUUUGCUUUACAAUUUAGAUCAAUAUGACGACCUUGCUUACAUUGCACCUAUCAGCAUUGUGACAAAAAUAACAUGGGCAAUUGGGCAGGCAAUGAGAUGGAACGAUUGCAUUCCAGUAGGUGAACCAUAUACACUCUUAACACCACUGAAAAUACAAUUUGUUUAAUAAAAUGAAUUCGCAAAUUUUUUUAUCAAAAAUAAAACAUGCUAAAAUAAAGGACACAAAAGCGGGAUAUAACCCAUAGAUGGAAUAACCAGUAACCACAACUUAUCAUUGGCCGGACAUUUUCAAAAAACAAAAAUGGGCGAAAUGGCGCUAAAACGGGAUAUAGCCUAUAAAUGGAAUUAACUACAAUCCGGCCAACUGGCCGGGCAAAAUGCUAAGUAUAAAUGUAGAGUGAGGAUCCUAGUUGUCAGACUUGGUGAACUGUUGCGUUUGAUGAUUAGUAAAAAUCAAAUGGACUUUGUUAAAGGUAAGCAGAUAGCUAGCAGAUAGUUGGCAAUAACAUAUAAUCAAGAUGUGCAUUGAAAAAUGGCUCGGUGAAACUUUUUGAUUAUGUGGAUUGUGAUUUUAUCUCUAAAAGUAUCGAAUGUUACGAGGUUUCCUGCCCGUUUUGUUGACUGGGUUAUGAUGUGCUUCACCACUCCUAUGUCAAGUUUGGGAUUUAGAUGAUGCUUCUAAGAGCUUCCGCAACGUCUGUUAUAUAGCUCUUUCAUUGUGAUGUGACACUUGGAUCUUCCUAUUUAUAGUGGGAGCUUCUAUUUUAUGAAAUACCAAAUGGAAUUGCAAGUGGGCCCGCCCAUGUUUUAUAUGCUAUUUCUCUUCUUUUUUUCAUUCUCAUUUUGUUUUGUCUUUUGUUGGUUGUAACAUAUUAUAUUUUUAUUAUAGUUGUAUUAAAAAGUCACUUCGGACCCACCAUAUGAAAUAAAAAAUGGAUGUCAUUGAUGUAGAGAAAAUGGAAGUGGUAUGUGGUGAAAUUGUAAAAGUUGAUGAUGUGGCAGUAGGGGCCACUUAUGAAAUAGGAAUUGUAUUUCAUGGAUGUUGAUGAUCUAAUAGGGCUGCCUUAUCAUCUAAUUUGUAAGACCAACUUUAGUGGUGAGUUCCAAAAUUACAAAAUUUGGGGCUAGAAUUCACCUCAAAAAGUGUUUUGGCAUUAGUGUCAAGUUUCCAAAGUUCAAAAUUCCAAAAUUUCAUUUUAACACGUAAUACAGUUUAGUGUAGAUUUCAUCAUGCUAUUAUAAAAUUUGAUCAUUAUUUUUAUAUAGACACUAAUAAUUAAUUAAGAUGAACAUUUUGAUAUAACUUUUUUGUGUUAGAAUAAAAAAUAUAAUUAUUAAAUUUGAUGUCAUGAAUUAACGUACUCUACUUCUUAAUAGUUAAUAACCAACGUCCUAAUAUAUAUUUGUGCAAGUAUUAAAGCGGUAGGCAUUAAGACGGAUUAGUAAAGCUUUAACAUAUAUGUGGGCAAUUAAUCCAAUCAAAGAUUUAAUAUAUAAUUCAAUUAUUAAAUAUUGAGAUCCAUCAGCAUGUGCGCAUCUCGCGCGUGCAGCACAAGUCAAGGAAGCAACACAAUUCCCCCGCGCGUUGCUCCAACUACUCUGCUCCGCCGCGUCUAACUUGUGAAUUGUGUGGGGUCUCGCCGGAUUUGAAACUUCUUGUCCUUUUGUGGUCCAAAUUUGGACCCAAAAUCUGGACCAAUUGGAUUUUUGGCCCUCUAAAGACCAUUGGUUCCAAAUUUUUGGACUUUUGGCCCUCCACUAAAGAUGGUCUAAAAGGGGUUGACUGGCUAGUGGAGAAGGUUAUUGUACUUAGUGUUCAUCUUUUGCUCUUGCUUUGAGUCCAUGUAACUUGUUUGUCUUUGCAUACAAAAGACUAGUAGUUUCUUGUGUAUUGGAUUGCUUAUGUGGCAGUGAUGUUGUCAUAGUGACUAAAGUUUUCAAUGAUAUAUACAAUUAACUCAUAAAAUCCGACUCAGAUAACAAAUCUUUAUCAACGAUCAUUACUAAUUUCACAAUGACCAAGCGAUUCGAAAUUUGUAGUACUAGCUCAAAUAUCAUGCAUUUGCCUCAUUUUUCACUCUUUAUUUUUUUAUGCGACAUGUUCAUUUUUAGAACAAAUCUCCCCAUCUCGAGCUUUAGCUAGACAAUGCACAAAAUUCUUGCUUGGAACCAAAAAAUUUAGUUCCACAUAGGAUCCAGAAAAGCUACACCCUUCCUAGAUCAUUGCCCACAUAGUUCAGAUGUUUCUCCCAACUUAGCGAAGAAACUCGCUACCAUCCCAACAAAUUUAGCCUUGUGCAACCAAGUUUCCAAACCAGCCACCACAUCUACUCCUCAAUAGUCAAGAAAGUCCUUACGUUUGAAGGGUUUCCCUCAUCGAACCCUCUCAUAUUCCAGGAUAAGAUUAUCAUUUAGAGGCAGGGGGAGAGCUCUCUACCCUAUUUCCACCUUUCUUAGGAGCAUCCAACAACUUAACCAUAUCCCCAUCUUUCAUAUUGCUCAAAACUUUAAAAUGUUGUGAGACUUGAAGGACACUAGAAGGACUAGAUUGUGGUGACCUAGGCCGAGCGCCAUUAACCACUUUUCGAAAUUCAUCCUCAACUAGCAAUACUGGUGGGCUAAAUUAUGCUGCAGCUUGAAAAUACUUUUCUAAGUUGAUACAACAAACAUAGCCGGACCACUUAUAUCACCAUACUACUUUGGAGAAUCAAAAAGCAUAAUCUCCUUACCUUUAAGAACGACAUAAACAUUCUCUACUACUUUCUCUUGUUGUACUUCCUUACAUACCCAAAUCUUUCCUCUUUGCUUGAGUUCACGCCCACAAUCCAUACCAAUAUAGCAACAUCAAUCUUAAAACAAGUCUCCUCACCGGGCCACUAAUCCAUAUGAGAGAACAUUAUGCUAAACAGGACCUUAGAACUUGAUAGAAACCUACUUUUUAGGUUUAAUCAUAAUUAUCGAUAUUAAUAUUAUUAGGAUAUUACUAGAUAUGGUUAGUAGUAUUUGAGUCAUAUUAGGAUAGUUUAUUAGGUUUUUCCAGUCUUUAGCUAUAAAUAUGUAUUUUGGGGUUUUUGUUAGAUUAAGCAGAAAUCAGUAAAAGAAUUAUUCUUCUAAACCCUAAGCUCUUCCUAUCUCCUAAUUUCUCUUCGUCCCAAGUCCAAGGUUUCGGCCGAUUCUUUAUUCUGUUCUUCCUCUCCUAAUCUCAAUCUCAAAUCCCUAAUUCUGUUCGAAUAACCCUAAUCCCCAAAUUAGCAAACCCGAUAGAAAUCUUGUUUCUAUCAUUUGGUAUCAGAGCCAACAUGAGCUCAUCAAGGCUCUUCGAUCCGAAAUGGGCUCGCCUACGACAGAAGAUCGAGUUCAGAAUAGCUGAGCUCAAGCAGGAGGCUCGUGACCGAGGGUGGACUGUUGCUGAGGUGGCUGUGGAGGACGACCCAACCGCGAAGACCGACGCAACGCCGACUCUGUCGCGGCGAGAGGGCGUGGUGGCGCGCUUGACGGCGGGCGAGCGCAGCGCACAGGGGCGGCCGAGGCUGGUGGUCGGCCUUCGUGCCGGGAGGGAGGCGUGGAGGCGCUGUGGGCGACAGCGGGAGUCGGGCCCCGCGGCGUGGCGGCAGGCGAACAGGGGGGAGGGCGCGCGGGGACCGCGACGGCCGGCGGUGAGGCAUCGCGCGAGAGGGAAGGCGGCAGACUAGAAGCAGCUUCGGCGGACGGAGGUGCGGAGGCGGCACGACGGCGAGCUGUGCAGGUGGAGGUCCUGCCGAUGGUGAUGAAGGGAGGCGGCUGCAACAAUCCUUCCCCCACAACCCUAGGCCACAUGGCACAGAAGCAGACCAGCUCGUUGGGCCGAGGUGAUAUGAGACUAAAGUUGGGGAAGGAGGAGAGUGAAUGGGCUCGAGCAAGGUAUGGGCCACGCAAGAGAGGCUUAAUGUGGAAUCUCUUGUACGGUGUUGGGCUCAGGUCAACAGGCCCAAUUACUAAAGAAGGCUGCUGCAGGCUAGCUCGAGUAAGGGGGGAUGCUCGACUUGAUAUAAGCGUGGUGGGCCAGCUGAGUGGCCCAAGACGUGGGGAAAAGCGAGUAGGGCCUGGGUUGGGUUGUGGGCCGAGUAAGAAACAUGUAACCGGGCUUCAGAACACAAAUGGGCUGAGUCCUCAAGCAAGACCUGGGCUCCAAUUGGGCCAUCUGGUUGGGUCUCUAUUGAAUGAAUUGAGCUUCAUGGCUUGGGAAGUGGUGGAGCAGGAUUGGAAGAAAAGGAAGCGCAAGAGGUGGAGGAGCAAAGGCGUGGCUUGCACGAACGACAUGAAAAAGUGGGUCGAGUUGGUCAACCUUGAGGGCAAGGUUGGUCUCAAGGGGGAUGGGAUGAUAGAAACCUACUUUUUAGGUUUAAUCAUAAUUAUCGAUAUUAAUAUUAUUAGGGUAUUACUAGAUAUGGUUAGUAGUAUUUGAGUCAUAUUAGGAUAGUUUAUUAGAUUUUCCCUGUCUUUAGCUAUAAAUAUGUACUUUGGGGCUUUUGUUCGAUUAAGCAUAAAUCAGUAAAAGAAUUAUUCUUCUAAACCCUAAGCUCUUCCUAUCUCCUAAUUUAUCUUCGUCCCAAGUCCAAGGUUUCGUCCGAUUCUUUAUUCUGUUCUUCCUCUCCUAAUCUCAAUCUCAAAUCCCCAAAUUAGCAAACCCAAUAGAAAUCUUGUUUCUAUCGGAACUUCUCAGUAAAGUUCCAUGGUGUACUUCAGAUACGUAUUAAUUGAAUGUUCUACCUUUAAUUUGGAGGUUUACACUUCAUUCUUUACGGGUGGUUUGGAUACUUGAUUCUUACAGUGGUGUAUUACAUGAAUGCAUUGAUUAAAGUAGUGUAUAUUAAGAACUUGUAUAUUAUAAAAAUACAUUAGAAAUAUAAGUAACACUUCUAUUUUAGAUUCUAUGAAACUAUGGUUUUGUUUUCAAUGCAUUCACUUUUCUGGGUGCAUGCUAUAUAUGUACUCGAUCACCUGAUAGUCGUUAUUUUGGGCAGGUGAAUCAUGUCGAAACGAUGUCAACAUUCACUUCCGAGAAGAAAACACAUGAAUUUGUACAAAAACCAUUUAAGAUUUACUUUGAUUCGAAGGUCUUAAAGUAUAGAAAUUUAGGAUUAGGAUUUAAAGGAGUUUAGGGUUAGUGUACAUAAUUGAAAGUUUAGGGGGUUAGGGUAAUAGACUGAUUAAUUGUGAUCCUGUGCUUCAUCAUCAUAUCACACUAAUGCGACCAAUUCCAAAAAUUGAUCUCUUAAUGUUACUUUUACAAUUAAGUGCAUUGUAUGGA